UUUGGUGUAAGUUCAUUGCUUCUGUAGUGGAAACGAGCUAUAGGAAGUGGAAGCAACAUCCUGGAAGUAUUUGGUGAGAGAUAUAUAUAUCAUUCCACUCCCACCUAACGGAUCAAGACGACGGAAAAAACCAAUCUCAUGUCUUCGGGGAAACCAGAUGAACCUAACCAGCUUCCUGAAACUUCUUCAACCCAUCCUUUCCUCAUCUACAUCUCUGAGGAUGAAGAGCUUGGAAAUGAUGUAAUGCAAUCAUCGAAAAAUGAGCACCAACGCCAAUCUUUGGAGAUUGACAUUAAAGCUUUGGAGAUUGACAUCAAAGAAAUGAUGCUCAAAAGCAGGAGACCGCCUUUCCCCCCUUGUAUCUACAGGGUCUCAUCUGUACUUCGUGAUGUAAACAGAAAGGCCUACACCCCUCGGACUGUUUCUAUUGGUCCUCUUCACCAUAACAACAAAAACUUGAAGGGUAUGCAAACGGUAAAAUUUCAAUAUCUUGAGCAAUUCCUUAAACGUGCCACCAAAACUGCUAUGCUAAACGAGCUUCCUCACUGGGGAGAUCCAAUGGGUUUUGUUACUUCCCUGGAUACUGACCUUCAAAUAGGGAAGCAUUUUUCUUGCUUAGAAAGGUUUUUGGGGUUGUUAAAACCUACCGAAGGUGAUAUUUGGAAUAGUUAUGCAGAAGAUGACUUGAAUCAUAUCACCCUUGAAGAGUUGUUGAAGAUUAUUCUCGUCGAUUCCGCCUUCAUUAUCGAGCUCUUUCUUGGUUUUCAUUUUAAACUUUCUAAAUUAACAGCAUUUGAGAUAGCUUCCAUAAGGAUGGACCUCUUGUUAAUAGAAAAUCAGGUUCCAUUCUUUGUGCUGGAAAAUCUAUACAAAGAAGCUUUUGGCUCUUAUCCCAACAUUUAUCCAACCAUCCUUGAACUUUCUUGUGAGUUUUUUGAGCCUUACAACGACCCAAAAAUGCAAAUCCAAACAAUGAAGCAUUUUACAGAUUUGCUAAGAACCUUUCAUCUCCCAAUAACUAAAGAUGGUGAACACGACAGCAAUGGUGGAACCCCUGAAAAUGAUAGCAAGAAUCGAGAACCCGAUGAUAGCAAUGAACAUUUGAAAAGCGCAACGCAAUUGUAUGCAGCUGGUGUGCAGUUCAAUGUAAGUUCAAGCAAAUGCGCAUUUGACAUAAGCUUUAUCGAGCCAAAACUUGAAAUACCAUGUCUGCAUAUAUACGAUGAUACUGAAGUUAUUUUCAGGAAUGUGAUGGCCCUGGAGAUAUACCAUUAUCCAAAUAAAACCCUCAUUUGCGACUAUGUCUUAUUGAUGGAUUAUCUUAUCAACACCAGCGAAGACGCGGAGUUACUUGUGGAAAAGAAAAUUAUCACCAGCCGGCUUGGCAGCAACCAACAAGUGGCCUUCUUGUUUAACAGGCUUGGCAGGAACAUUGUGAAGGGUAUCAAUGACAAAAAAUUAAAAAGUUUGGUUCAGGACUUGAAUGCAUACUAUGAUACACCUUGGCACACAACGAAAGCAACCCUUUGGCUUAAGUAUUUAAGCACACCUUUGAAAGCUGCUUCCACAACUGCUGCUUCUCUACUGCUUUUGCUCGCUUUGAUUCAAACCGUAUUAACAGGAAUAGCCUUAUAG